CAUCUCACCAAUGGCUCGAGGUUUCUCGAGCUUUCUUUCACUUCCCUUAAUGGUGGAACUCUUUCGCUUUUACCUAUUGAGCGAGUACCCGUGCAGCUCUUACCUAGCCUUUAGGGCUAGUUAAGCCUCCUGUAAAUCAGCUUUACCUUUAAAACGAGGCAGGAUAUCGGACAUAAGAUCUGAAUCAUGUUGAAGUUAAGGGCUUUUCGCCUCGCCCUACAAAUGACAAGAUCAUGCGAAUUCAGACGCACCCUACAUAUCCAUGGAUUGUGACUGCGGAUGCAUCGGAUCAUGUGGUUGUCUGGAAUUGGAAGCAUCGCCAGAUUAUUUAUGAGCUUAAAGCUGGGGUGUGGAUGAGAGGCGUUUGGUGGGGGCAAAGCUUGAGAAGCUUGCUGAGGGCGAGACUGACUCAAAAGCAAAACCCAUUGAAGCCAUGCGGUGAGGGAGCUGCCGAGGCACCUUCUGCAACAAAUCAGCUCUCCUCUGCCUUCAGUUCUCCAGUGUCUUCAAUAAAGGGUAGACAUUUUCUUGUUGUUUGUUGUGAGAAUAAAGCCAUAUUUCUCGACUUGGUUACAAUGCGUGGCCCUGAUGUACCCAAGCAAGACCUUGACAACAAAUCCCUUAUCUGUAUGGAGUUUCUUCCUUUCCCAAUAGUACAAUCUCCUCCAUCAUCGACCGCACUUGACUACAAGGCCUAA